UUGCAGCCUCCCAGCCUGGCUAGUAGGACCGCCAUGGCAGACAGCUGUUGUCCAGCAAACCCCGCAGCUGUUCCAGCUGUGCCCACCAUCUCUACAUGCUCCAACUGUCACAGCGUUAGAAACGCUAUCCGUUUGCCCAGUUCCUGCCAGAGUAGGACGUGGCAACUGGUUACACAUCAAGAAAACUGCAAACGAUCCAACAGUGCCCCAGUUAGUGCUGGACCUGUUUCUUGUCCAUCACCCUGCUGCCCAGAAACUUCUUAUGUGGGUUUUGUUUGCCAACCCAUAGGUUCACGCACAGCCUGCCGUGCAACUGACACCGGUGGGACUCCUCACCCAGCUGCCUCACACCAGCCCUCCAAUUUGGAGUCUUCUGGUUGUCGCACAAUAGGUGAUAACAGCCCCUGCCACCAGAGCUCCAGCCAGGGACCUGCCUGCACCUCAGGGUCAUGUCAGGCAGCAUGUGACCCCUCAGUCUACUGUGAUGAUGGAUCCUGCCAGCCAUCCUGCUCUGAAGCAACUUCCUGCGUUGAGACUCCAUGCCUACCAGCCAGCUGUGAGGCUAGCUCAUGCCAGCCAACCUGCUGCCAAGGAGGGUCACAACCCAUCAGAGGCGAAGGUCAGCUCCGCAAGCCAGUUUGCUAUCAACCCAUCUGCUACGUUCUCAAGUCCUGCCAGUCAGUUCCCUGCAUGGUUGCCUCCUGCCAGCCAUUAACUUGUAUGUGUUCUUGCAGUCAAACCUGCUGUGUGCCCUCCCCCUGCCAGCCACUUCACUGCCAACCGGCACCUCCAAUCUCCUUCAUCUGCCAGCCAGUGGCUACCUGCCAGUCCCCCUGCUUCGUAAAGAGCAGCAGUAAACCAGCUUCCUGUGUUACGAUUUCUGGCCAAUCGGCUUGUGGUGGACCCAGAUCCACUCAGAGUGGCUACCAUUCUCCUUCCUGCCAGCCCCCUUGCUGUGUGACUGGUUUAGGCAAACCUUCCAGCAGUGGUCCCAGCUGCUGUCCAUCAACGUCUCCAAACACAUGCCAAGUGGGAACCUGCGUGCCUACUUCCUGACAACCUCGCUGUGAGUCCAGCCUUUCU